AAAAAAAAAAAAAGCCCGCAAGGAAAGGGAUGAGGCGCAACAAAAUUAAAAAAAUGGUGCUAUUUCCCUUUUUCUUUUUUUCUUUCAUUUUUUUUAAAGAUGGACGACAGAAGGAAGCAGAUCAAGACAAUGAAUGCAGCUGAGACAUUGCUUGGUAGACAGAUUAAAGUCAAGACUGUGUUAAAUGAACAGAUGGAAGGCAGUAUUUAUACAUUAGACAAAAUGACAAACUGUCUCGUACUUGACUGUUCUAGUUCUGAAGGGGCAAAGCAUAGUUCAUUUCGUAUUAUCAAGUUAUCACAUAUAAAAGAGAUAUUAUCGGUUGAACAAGAAAAGAAGGAUUAUGCAAAUAUUGGAUAUAUUCAUUUGGAUGUAGUAAAGAAUCGAGAAAUGGAAGCGAUGAGAGGAUUUAGUGAACAAGUAUCAAAGAUGGGAGUGGGAGUAUCAAAGGAAGGACAAGAUAUAUUUUAUGCAUUAAGCAAAACAUUACCGUGUCGGUGGUCUAAGGAUACAAUUAUUGUCAUGGAUGAGGUCUAUAUUACACCACCUUAUGGAAUAGAAGAUUGUAAAUCCAGUCAUACAACCAGUCUUGCAAGAGUUAAGAAAGUGCUUGAAGGUGAAAGAAAAAGAUUAAACAUAAAGUAAAUAAAAACAAUAAAAAAAAAGUUUCAGGUACUUUCAUGUGAAGUUAUAAUCACGCGCGCC